AUGUCUUCAUCCUUCUAUAUCCUUACAUUUAUUUCUCUGAUCUCAUUAUUUCAAAUCCAUGCUACACCUGCACCUGGACCUGAAAGUCAAGGACGAAAUUUAAUUCAAUUUGGUAGUAUGAUUGGAAAAAUACUAGACAAAUCUCCAUUAGACUAUAAUGGUUAUGGUUGUUGGUGUGGUUUUGGUGGUAAAGGUGAACCAGUUGAUGGUACAGAUGCUUGUUGCAAAGUUCAUGAUCACUGUUAUGAUGAAAUUAUUAAGUCUCGAGAAAAUCUUCUUUCAUGCUCACCUUAUGUUAGUUUUUAUAGUUGGGACUUAGAUCCUAACACUGCACUUCCACGUUGUCAAAAUACACCAGGUUCAUGCACACAUCGUGUUUGUGAAUGUGAUCGUGCUGUUACUGAAUGUUAUAAACAAAAUGCUCAUACAUUUAAUAAAUCCUUAAAAUGUCCCAAAUAA